UGUGCGUCCUGAUGCUGUUCCCUGCAGUGAAUAGCACUUUUAGCUAAUGCGAUAGAUAUUCCAAGUCCCAGAGCAGGGCAAAAGACCAACUAAUAGGAGCCAACAAACUCCCAGUUUUCAAGAAAAUUGGAUCCACGUUAAUGAGAAAAGCUCAAUUACUGUAUGUGAAAGUUCGCCAUUUCCCGUUACUCUGUGGAACACCGCGACGCGUGUUAAUCAGAUUUAUAUCAAAGGUGUUACAUUAGAGUCUAGAAGCGCUCAAAAAGUAUUUAAUCAAGUUUUAUCAUGGCAUCACGUUUAUCUGAAUAUGGACCUACCUACAUUUACCUCAAUUAUCCUGGUAAAGAUGUCAAGCACAAUUGUUUGCUCGUUUCGACCAAUGCUCCUCCCCUCAGGGCUCUGUCGUAAAGCAGGCGCCUGGCUAAAAUAAAUCAAAGACAAGAGGAUUCGGGGCUCGCCUCCUCCAAAGCCGAUCAAUCGGAUCUCAGGCGGGCUCCAAAACAUCCUCUUACGUCGACAUUCACAAGAGGAGCGACAGAGGGAGAGCUGAGCGCAGCACACGGGUAGAUCCUCUCAAACCGUUUUACCUGCUCUGUCGCUAAACCAUGUCGUUGAGCCCAAAACACACAACGCCUUUUUCAGUGACAGACAUCCUGAGCCCGAUUGAGGAGACCUACAAGAAGUUUGGUGGCAUGGACGGCGCAGGCAAUCUCGGUCCUCCUCUGGGGGGUUACCGCCAAGCUCAGGUCUCCCAGUCCAGCAUGCAGCAACACACCAUGGCACACAACGCCACGGUAGCGACCACCUACCAUAUGCCCCACGGCGUCUCCCAGUUUUCACACGGGGCCAUGGGAGGCUACUGCAACGGGAGCAUUGGCAACAUGGGGGAACUGCCUUCAUACCAGGACACCAUGAGGAACAGCGCUACAGGGAGCGGCUGGUACGGCGGAACGAACCCGGAUCCCAGAUAUUCAACAAUCUCCCGAUUCAUGGGGACAUCUUCAGGGAUGAACAUGUCCGGAAUGGGGACUUUAGCGGGAAUGACAGAUUCGGCCAAGCCCAUGGCACCUUUACACGCAGCGCCAAGAAGGAAGAGAAGAGUAUUGUUCUCUCAGGCCCAGGUCUACGAGCUGGAGCGACGCUUCAAGCAGCAGAAGUACCUGUCCGCUCCCGAGAGAGAACACUUAGCAAGUAUGAUUCACCUCACCCCGACACAAGUCAAGAUCUGGUUCCAAAACCACCGCUACAAGAUGAAACGUCAGGCCAAAGACAAGGCUACUCAACAAAUGCAGCAAGAGAACAGUUUGUGUCAACAGCAGCAGUCUCCCAGGAGGGUGGCCGUGCCAGUGCUUGUGAAAGACGGCAAGCCCUGUCAAAACGGCUCCAGCACCCCAACCCCCAGCCAACAAGCACAGCAGCAACAGGCCGCUAAUGGGAUCCUCCCAGUCGCCAGCAGCACCAUCUCCCAGCAACAGAAUCAACAAGUGAAUUCACUCGCUCAGACCCAAGAUCUCGCCCAAGUGUCGCCAAAUCCAUCGUCUCUCCACAAUUCGGUAACCAACAUGUCUCAAAUGGACACGGCUACUGCAGACUACACGGGUAAUAUGGUGAAUCCUGGCCUGCUGUACGGCCGGACCUGGUAGAAUUCCCUUACCAAGGCACGACUGGAGAUGUGUGAGACAUUAGAGAAGGUUUGGACUGGCAAACUUUGCAACACAUACCCAGAAUUGCACCUCUCGGGUUCUUUUGGACGUGUUCUUUACUGUGAAAUUUGAGGACAAUGCAACAUAGUGUUAACUUGGAGCCCUCUCUGACUUUGGGGACUUACUGGGAAGACGCCGCGAUACAAAAGAUAAAUACAGGUUAAAUUUAAAAAAAAGAUAUCUGUGACCGUUUGGAUUUGCUUAGACAGUUGUGUAAUUUGUAGUUAACAAGUUGUUGAAUUGGAUUGUGAAUGCUGUUCCAUUCCGGGGAGUCAACAUGACUACAUACCAGGUUAGAACAAUGAAGAACGAAAUAUGAAUUCAUCCCAUGGCCCGACAGUAUCCUACCGGAAACACUUUUCACAACUUGUUGCGAAUUAGCUGUACAUUCUUGUAAAUUAAUCUCUGGAUUGUGCAGUCAGUUCGAUGUAGUAGUUUAAUGAUUCAAGACAGAAUUAUAGGCCCUUCAGAAUUUGGUUAAUUUCAAACAAGGAGCAGAUUGCUGAUGUAAAACUGCUUUUUUUAUAUAUUAAAAAAAAAUCAGCAUUAACGCUUCAAGCAUAAACACUCUAGGUUUAAAGGAAUGUGCUUGAGACCGACAAAUUGAACGGUGCUUUAAAACCGGUGUGAUAUAGAAAGCGGCACAAUAUUAGUGUGUAAUCUGGAAGGGGGGAAAUUAAGGAAUAAAUAGCAUGAACGGAAAACAGUGUUUCACAAUAAUUUGCCUCCAUUGUUGUUAGAAUCAGCUAAAAAAAAAAUCAAUAAUGCGGUCAGCACAUUUGGAAAUGCCGUGUUGUCUUAUCUAUGAGUUCCAUCGCUGCAUCCAGUCGGUCUCUAAUCCGUUUCUAACGAUCAUCGCCUUUAACUCGACGGCCUGCACCUGGCCUGCACCGGCUCUCAACUGUCGAUGGGAUCUAACGCGAUCUUGAAACAUUUUUUCUGAACCAUGCUCAGGAUAUCACGGCUCUCUCGUGACAUCGUUUGCUACUUAGCACAUUUUUUAGAGGGAUGGUAUUGUUUAUUAUAAGUUUAACAUAGGAAAGAGACAGCCAGAAGUGUGGCUUCGCUUAUAUUUAUAACCGAACACGCUUUUCAAAAAAAGACUGAUGUGAAAUCUACACGUUAUUGAUAUUGUUCUCACCUCGAUGUGGGUUUGUCUGUUGACAUUUAUUUCAAUGGGGAAUUUUAGGUCUUGUUAUUUAUUAUAACAUUUAAAAAAAAAUAAUUGAAGUUGUAUUUUUGAUCGAAUGCAUACUCUCGCACACUGUUAGAAUAGAAAAAAAAGUCAUUUUAUUACACUAUCGAUCGGUUGUAAAAUAAACUCCUGAAAUCGCUAAAUGCACACAGGGCGGAAUUAGCUGGUUGCAAAAUUGUUGAAAUGUUGUUCCUAUUUCACUCCGUUAAUUUUUUUUUUGUUCUCUCUUCGCAAAUUCCAAUGCGAAAACUGCAUGGAUUCCGAACAGGCGGAAUCUUCCAAAUUCCUGGGAAUUGAAAUCUGAUUAAAACACCAAAGAGAGAGAGAGAGAGAAGCGCCGUUAUGAUCGCGCAUAUUGACCUGAACAUGAUCGGCGGCUAACCGUUGCCGCCCAUCCGCGUCUCAGCGUCGGGGACUGUACCUUACAUUUUCCGCAAGGCACCAGCUAUGACUGCAGUACUGAGUGCUGUCUCUUUCGAUUGAACAAGGGAGGGCUCAAUAAUAACACCCCUGCCUGUUGACCUGCAAACGUUCUGACUGCCUUCAUUUAGAUGAGAAUGAGUCUAUAGCUGAGCUGCUCGGUCUGUCUUCACGAGGUUUCAAAAGCCUAGAAAUGAACGCGUCUGGAGCAGAAAUUCGUUCGAAAUAUUUAUUUUGCUUUAAAAUAAGCGCGCGGAUUUUUUUGUUCUUCUCAUUCUGUCAGGUAAAAGAAAACGAUCAAAUAAUACAUUGAUUCCAGAUCCUGUGUGGCAGCGUUUAAACGCUAUUUUAAUUGUUCGCUUAAAUGAUUAAUAAACCAAUUCCAGGCAAAAAGGUACUUGUGACAUUGAUUGGGAGGCCCCACGGGCGAGCAGCUCAAUCCGUUUGUUCUCUCAAUAGUGUUGAACUCCAACUAGCUUCACAAUGGGCAAAAGAAACUUCUUAAAACCUAGGGCACUCCACAUCGGUCAAACUUUCACCCGGGGUGGACCUCAUUGAGUCAUUUCGAUGUUCUGGGAAUAGCCUCUGUGAGAUAUGUAAAAUUUUGGUUUCCUGUCACAUUUAACAGAAGUAAUUUCCUAAAGGCUGCUGCAGGUGAAUGGGUUUUUCUCUCCUCUCUCAAUUGAUUGCCUUAUCCUCAAAAGACGAACGUUCUCCACAAAUCUCGAAUGCAUUUGCUUAUUAUAAUUUGUGAGGGGGGGGGGGGAGUUUCUUUAUAUAAAAAUGCCUCAUUGUAAAUAUACCUCGUCGAUUUGGAAGGGCAAAUCGUAAAGCAAACGCGCGUUCCCAACUCGACCUAAUAUACAUUCAAAUUAGACUUCCAAAUGCUUUUGUGUCUGAAGACAAAAUGGAAAGCAUCGCUCCUUAACCUUUAUAUCGGCGCAGAGGUGUCAAGGGAGCUGUACUCCAACCACGUUCAGCUUCCGAUGUAUCAUUAUUUGGUGUUCUGCCUAUAAUACUUGCUUUGGCGUCUAAAUGCACCGUUCCUUGGAACUGUUGGCAUUUCUGAUACUGCCUGCUCCGUGGGCGUCUUUCUCCGAUAACCAAAAGGCGAUAGCGUGAGAUGGAUGACUCUGAGCUGUAUUCGCGACACACAACCAACAUAAACAGAGCCUGCAAAACGAGGAAUGAGUUGCAGGUUUCGCCAGACGUGGGGUCCCACGUCUUAGGUAAAGGACGAUCAGGCAAAUUAUCUUCCACAUCCACCACUUCCAACCUCCUUUCAAACAAACUACAGGCGAUUGCAUUGUGGCGACUCUAUUGCUAACAUUUAUGAACACUAAACCUUGAGAUGGCAUUCAGGCAGAGGCUUAUUGUUUGCUUCUUUUUAUAUAAAAGAACAAUUAUCAGUUCAACAAUCUUGCAUUAAACAUUUGG